UUCCCGCUUAAUGUACGUGCUGCAGAAAUUGAGCCAUUGAAGCAAUUCUUGCAAAUCUGGAUGCAUGUAAUGAAAUGAUUGCCGUCGCAGAGCCGCCAUUGGAAUUCGUUCCGCGCGGGCGUCAGGCGGCAGAUGAACACCCGGGACCCAGUGACCAACCACUGCCCAAACAUUUGCCCACAGAACAUUUAUUGCUACGCUUGCAGAAUGUCAACAUCUCCGCUGGGACAGAGGAUGCACAAGAAUUCUGGCACGUACGCGAAGUGUACGACGAUUACGAGGGAAUCCAUGAACGCGCCCAGCGACGUCAGCAGCUAAUCGAGCAAACCAAAAAGUGUGGCCCCAAGGCGGCAGCUGCCACAAAGUUGACAUCGUUACCCCAACAGCUACUGAGUCCGCCGCUUCAGACUCGUGAUGAGCCUAUUUGCGACUACAUUGUAAACAAUGAGGAGGAGCUUUAUGUGCACAAGAACACAGUAGUGUGGACGCAGGGUCUGGACGAUGGUGAGGAUAGUGUGUACAAGCGUAUGUGCUUUACGUGCGACACGCCUGUAAAGUUUGCCUGCUUUCUGAAUCGCCGCUUUGUUCGCGGACGAAUAGCGCAGUUGCGUGCGGCUACACAGCCUCACGAUGAUCGCCUUACGGCCAUUUGUGUGGUAGACCAGUCUGCCUUGCAUGUGUAUUGCGACGAUGGCGAGGAUUAUUUGGCCAAUAUGGAUUUUCCCGUAUCGCAAAUUUGGCAAACCGUACAUGGGCUACUGCUGGAAAAGGAUUCAGACAAUGCCCUGGUCGCGCAUCUAACUAUACCUAUGCCCCGGUUGUUCUCCAUGUCGCAUCCGCUACAUGAAGCGUGUCCGGUUGUGCUGAAAUCUGCCACCAACAUAACGAGCUACUUGACAGAGCCGGAGUACAACGUGGUUUUCACCACCGAGGACUCGGACUUGGUGCUGCUCUACGAUUGCAAGUUCUUUAAGCAUUUCGUCUCGCGUCUGCGCAAAGUGACGCCCGAGGAGGUGAAUUAUGUUAGCCAGCAGGAGUUGAGCCAAACACUGCGAGGAUCUGUCGCCGGCGCCCAAAGUUUCAGCUCCACAAAGCACGUGGGCGUGACGGCAAAACUGAAUGCUACAUCUUUUCUGGGACGUAACACCACAAGCGGUGGCCUGGGCAAUUUCUCAAAGUUUGGUCUUAGUCAGUCACAGUCAUUCAGUGGUGUCCUGGGCCAGUCCAAUCGUGCCUCGUUGGGUACCCCACUAAGUCAGCUGCAGUCGAGCAUAAGUCAGCAAUCUGUAUCAAUUAAGGAUAUGCGCAAAAUGACGCACGUGAAACCGGCGAAACCCAUUGAGCCAGAAAUGUGUUUGGAACACAUUUGGACAGAGAACACUUAUGGCACACAACGCGAGCUCUGCGAGAAGGCCACACGCGCUUUUAUUCACACAGAUCUAGUGGGCCAAACGUAUUUGUGCUAUCUCCUUCCGCGUUCGUGUCGCCUUCAGCUGGUGUUGCUUACGGGCUACGGCACACCGGAACUACAGUUGUCCACCUUAGCCUCUACGCUGCCAGCCAAGGAUGCUGUGGGUCUUACGCGUAUGCACAUGAUUGUUGUGCUAGAUCCUGGCGGCAAUCUAAUACUUUAUACUGGAACGGUACUUAUCUCCAAGGUUCACAUAACUCCACUACUUAGUACCACUGUUCCUUCAUCUCUCAUCGCCACGAACAUUCCGCUAUUGAACCAACUGGCAACACCAACGCCGCCAACUAUCAAAGGAUCGAUGUCUGGUAGCCCGUCUUUCGUGGAGGUGCGUCGCAGCAGUCUCCUGCCCACAAAAUCAGCCACUGCAGAACUUAAUAGUUUCGAUGAUGAACUGCAUAUGCUGUCGCCCAUACAACCACAGCCCAUAUCUUACACACACAGACAGGCGCACAACGUAUGCAAAGCUCUUCGGGACCCGGCUGGCAAUCGCUUAACCGUGGUCUAUGCUACAGGUCGUAUGUUACGCAUUACCCUGCCCCUAUUGAAUGACACGCGUCUCAUCACGCGCUGCAUUUCCACGCUGCGUCAACUACUUAAGACCACGCAAUUCCUUCACUUCAUCAUUCGCUGGUACAGCGCACGUAAUCCGCCUGGUUCUCGUGACUACAGCAUUGAACAGGAGUGGCAGCUCUUUCGCAGUACUUUACUAGCUCUAAUGGGCUGUACGGCAGCUUCCGCGGAACAGGACGCCGUGCGCUGCGCAACGCCCCCGUUGCAAACUCUGGCCCCCCAGGAUGAGCCAAAAAAGCGACGCAAAUGCUACGAUGGUGAAGCAGACACGGAUGACGACUGGGAGUUUAUGUUACAAACGACACUGGCUCCAUAUUGUAACGAUGCCAGCAUUGUCUACAGCGUAGAUAUUAGUGCACCACUUUUCCAAAUGUUGCCCGCUAUCUUCUACGGGUUUCAUUUACUCUAUGAGGAUCUCAAGCUGGACGCGGUAGUGCAUAGCGCGCUGCCCCAUCUGGCCACGUUCCUGCAUCAACUGGCGGUAGACAUGCAACUUAACAGCUACAUUUUCCACUAUGUACUCGACUUCCCGGAGCUCACUCACAAAACAUCCAAACUGUCGAUGCUUACUUCAGACCAUGGCACGCUGAUGCUGCAUCAGGAGCUGCUGCGUGUUCCAGCACCUAGCAUCUAUGCGCAACUUGAGCACGUUAUCCAUGGCCGCGAGGUACUGUCCUACAGUUAUGUGGAGGGCCUAAAUGAGCGCAGCCGUAAUGUUUUACAGCUUGUCUCGCUCAUCAUACACGGCCAUACCAAGAUCAAGCAAUGGUGGAAACUAUUGGAGCUGCCCGAGGCAGUGCAGGCCAAUUUCGCGAAGCGCCCCAAAAGGAGCAUAUCCGCGGAUAUACCACGCUGUCAUCAGCUUCUUGAGAUGCUGCUUUGCAUGGAAUUGACGCGCCAGGACAUUGAGCGAUUGCCUGCGGCGGUACAUCUGAUUAUUGCUGAGGGACUUGAGCAGGCGCGUCUCUUUCCGCCCAUGGGCUGCAGCACAGCCACAUAUGAACUGAUACUGCGACCCGAACUUGCGGCCCAUGCCCAACUGCCCUUUAUUGAGGCUAGCCUGGCGGAGGUGCAUCCCGACCGUGUUUACAAAGAGGAUUCGCUUUCACCGCGCUGUCCACCCAACAACGGCGAGUUUAUAGCUGAGCAGGAGCCAGAGCUGCGCAACGAUGGUAUGGACAAUAUUGAUACAAAGCUGUUGCGUCUACGUUUUCCCGACGACAUGCGCGUCGAGGAGGUGCGCCGCCUGCUUAACUCUUCGGAGCCAGUACCCAUUGAGAUGGUGCAGUCUCCGGGCACCACUGACCACGAGUUCAUCGAAGAGCAGGAGCGCCAGCUGUUCGCAAUGUGUUCUCGUACCAUGACAUUGCCGCUGGGCCGUGGCAUGUUCACGCUGCGCACGCUUGUGCCGAAACCGAGUGAAAAUAUGACAAUGCCCAAGUUAUGCCUUGUAGGACGCGAACCAGUGAAGGGCACCACCAUUGAGAUGCAACAGAUUGAGUUCCCGUCCAACAUGCACAUGUGGCCAUCUUUUCACAACGGUGUGGCCACGGGUCUGAAAAUUUCCCCCCAAGCUCUGGACAUUGACUCCACAUGGAUUGUGUACAACAAGCCGAAAACGCAGGCAAACAAUGCCUUAGAGCAUGCGGGCUUUCUAAUGGCCCUUGGUCUGAACGGGCACCUCAAGACGCUUUCUUUCAUGAGCGUCUAUGAGUACUUGGUGAAGUGCGAUGAGAUGACUAGCGUGGGUCUGCUGCUAGGCAUUUCAGCAGCUCAUCGUGGCACCACAGACACCAAGAUCACAAAGCUGCUAAGCGUACACUUGGAGGCACUGCUGCCGGCAACGGCCAUGGAACUGGAUAUACCGCAAAGCACACAAGUGGCGGCGCUAAUGGGCAUUGGUCUGCUUUAUCAGGGCUCGGCUAAGCGUCAUAUAGCUGAAGUGCUGCUUCAGGAAAUUGGGAGACCACCCGGGCCUGAAAUGGAGAACAGUGUGGAACGUGAAUCCUAUGCUAUGACCGCUGGUCUAGCCUUGGGUCUAGUCACACUGGGCCAAGGAGAAUCGCCAGCAGGACUGCGAGACCUGCAGCUGCCCGACACACUGCAUUAUUACAUGGUGGGCGGCGUAAAACGACCCAUCAUGGGCUCGCAAAAGGAAAAGUAUCGCCUGGCUUCGUUCCAGGUGCGCGAGGGUGACAGCGUCAACAUCGAUGUGACUGCGCCUGGAGCGACCCUCGCAUUGGGUUUGAUGUUCUUCGACUCGGGUAACGCGGCGAUUGCUGAGUGGAUGGAACCACCCAAUUCGCGAUACCUGCUGGAUAUGGUGCGCCCUGAUUUCCUGCUACUCCGUACCAUUGCGCGUGGACUAGUCUUGUGGAGUGAGGUUCGGCCAGACAGCCAGUGGUUUACGGCACAAUUCCCUGCCAAUCUGCGCAGUCACCUGCAUCCGCAGACGCGUCACAACGAGGAUGAGGAAGAGGGUGAUGUCGACUAUGAGGCAGUAACUCAAGCUUAUUGCAAUAUUGUGGCUGGCGCCGCCUUCUGCAUUGGUCUUAAAUACGCUGGCACUGAAAAUAGUGUCGCGUUUACUACUCUGCGUGGCGUCAUAAAGGAGUUCCUUGGCUUGCCAGGCUCAUCACUGGGCGAUUGUGCCGGCCGCACUACCGUCGAGUGCUGCCUGAUGGUGGUGCUCAUUUCUAUAUCGCUGGUGUUCGCUGGCUCUGGCAAUUGUGAAAUUCUGCGCAUUAUUCGCUAUCUGCGGUCACGGGUCGGGCCACAGUAUCCUCACAUAACGUAUGGCUCUCACAUGGCCAUACACAUGUCACUGGGUCUGCUAUUUUUGGGCGCCGGUCGCUUCACUAUUGCGAAGACGCCCGAAUCCAUUGCAGCACUGGUAUGUGCCUUCUUUCCCAAGUUUCCCAUACACAGCAAUGACAACCGCUAUCACCUUCAAGCCUUUCGUCAUCUUUACGUGCUGGCCGUGGAGCCGCGUCUCUUUCUGCCGCGUGACAUCGACACCCAUCAGCUGUGUCUGUGCAACAUCUCUGUGCUGGAGAUAGGCGCCACAGAGUUUCGGCGAUUGCCCAUUGCCCCGUGCAUUCUACCUGAGCUGAGGACACUGGAACAAGUAAUUGUCGAUGAUGAGAACUACUGGCCUGUCUGCUUUGAGCGCACACGCAACUGGCAUCAGCUGGAAAAGGCAUUGGAACAUUGCGCCCCAAUUGACAUCAAGAAACGCACUGGGUGCCUGUCCCAUCUGGAGGAUCCGGAUCGCUUGAAAAGCAUGCUGGCGCAAACAUUGACCAUGGAGCAGAGCAUAUGCUGGCAAAUCGAUGCCAAUGACUUGAGUCAAUUUGUCAACGAGCGACUGGUUAAGCCCUUCCUCAGUCGGUUCUUGGAUACUAAGGGGACAGACCUAACUUAUACCGAGCUUAGUAAGCGCCAUCAGUUGACAUUGCUUUUCUAUAACGCUGUGGUCAAGGAUCGCAUGCACUUGUUGGUCGUAUAUCUGACAUUAUACGAUCAUGUGACCAAGGAGAUGUACACUAACAAUGAUGUCUGGCAGGUGAAACUAAUUGACGCUUAUUUGUGUCAGAAGCAGCAACAACAACAUGAGCUUAUUUCCGUUGAGCUUAUACAAAUGUUGCUAGAGAUCUUUAAGCUUCAGCUGGAAGCAUCCGCUCGUGAGCUAUGCCUGCCGCUGCGCGAGUUCCUUAGUCGCAAAAGCUUAGAGCCCAGCUAUGUGUCCGGCUUAAGCUCUCACGAUCUACAACGUGUAUUUUGUGUGGUAAAUUUCUAUGACUUUAUGCCGGAUCUGUUGAAUGGCAUUGACUUAAGCAACGAUAGUAUCAAUUACAUGCGUCUAAUGUACGAGUUCCGGCAGCUGAAUCUCAGUGCGCACACCAUUUACGGGCUGCUGAAGGUGUUGCAGGCACUUACAAACUGCACGAGUGUUGCGAGCUUUGAAGACUUAGCUGAGGAGCUUUAGCUAAAUGCAGAUUACAUAUAUUUUAUAGGAGUACCAUAACUGUUCAAUGCUGAAUUGCCGUUCAAAAUGUGCAUAACUGGAGAUCUAAAACGCUAGACGAAAAUCAAUUUCGCAAUAAAGAUCGGUAUUAAGUGAGAAGAAGCGAAUUUGAAAAUGCUCUAAGGGCCGUCAUAUAUAAUUUAUAUAUAUAUACAUAUGUAUAUAAAUAAUAUCCUUUUAGAAAAUAUAACAAUAGUGUAUAAACAUAUUAAAAAUAUAUAAAAAAAAAACACUAAAUCUAAAACAG